GUGUGUGUGUGUGUGUGUGUGUGUGUGUGUGUGUGUGCCUGUGUGUGCCUGUGUGUGUGUGUGUAUCUCUGUAUCUUGUGUUUCUCUCCAGAGCUCUUCCAGCUCAUAUCCAAAGCUCAGUGCAACAGAGCAAACGACCAGCGAGGUCUGUUAGACAAGAGUGACCUGACGCUCCCCGACUUCCUCCGCCUCAGCCCAUCAUCAUCACCCCUUCCUCUUCCUCCCGCCCGCGUCACCCAGGAUGGCCGCGGCGGCGGUAACCAUGACGACAGUGACAACUACGGCUACAAGGAGAACAGACGUCACGGCAACAAGGAGAAUAGCGGCGGAGGCGGUGGCUCCGUCCCUUUGAACACCAGCAGCCAAUCGCAGAGCUUGGACUCCUCGCUCGGAACGGGAGGAGGAGGGGGAAGACGAGCGCUCCUCCCCCCCUCCCACCAUGACAGACCCCCUCCCCCGUUCCCCGGCAGCCUGUCCCCAGUCCACCCCCCCUCCCAGGGGCAGCACCACCUACGGGGUCUCCCCAGCCCAGACUGCAGGGGGUCGGUCCAGAUGUUACAUGAAGAACCCCUAGCGGACAUGACCCUGGUGGGAGAAGGAGACAUCAACAGUCCUAACUCCACUCUCCUAACCCCCCACCACUCCUCCUCCACUACCCAUAACCCACCGCGCUUCUCCCAACACGACCUCCGCGACUCGCCCUGCUCAGGCAAAGACAGGGACCGAGACCGAGACCGAGACGGAGACAAGAGGAGAGAGAGGGACAGAGGAGGCAGUUUCAAAUCUCACCAGAAGAGGGCGCCACCACCUCUCUCAAAACCCCCUCCUCCUGCUCCGCCUGCUCCUCGCUCUCGUAAAUCCAAAUCGCCCUCGCGCCCCAACCGCGCCAGGCUAGAUGUGGACCGGGUUGAAACCAACUCCACACCUGAAGAUUCCGGGAGGUUCCGGGACCUCCGAGAUUCCAAGCUGGGACAGAACUGUGAGGGCGUGGCUUCGGAACUCUGCCGCCGUGGCGGCAGGGUGAGGACGGGCGUGUACCAGACGUCAGAACUCCCGUCAUUUGUCAACGCUAAGAGACAACCAGAGCAGAGACGGAUCGGCAGAAGCCAAUCAGCAGAGAGACGGAUCGGCAGGAGCCUAUCGGGAGAGAGACAAAGCGCGGCGGACAGUAGCAGGUUUAAGGCCACAUUUGUCUGAGCAUAGAGUUAGAUGCUGUAGAACGGACGCUCCCUGGUUAAAGACCUCCUGUAAGGACCAGCAGACAUUUUGGAGGACUUGUCUACCAUUUGGAAUGUUGGCUUAUUAAUUGAUGCUCAUCACCAAGGUCGGGGUCCAUGGAAAUUAAAGUCAUGAAUUCAACCAAAUUUUUUCUAUUCCAGCCUCAUGAAUAUCUGUUGUUGCUAUAGAGACUGCUCAUGUGUACGAUAAAGCAAGUCUGUAUGGAUACUGUGAUAUAGAAAACUCCUGUAACUGACUAUAGAUAUUGUGGUAUAGAAAAUGACUAUAGUUGACUACAGUGGCUUCAGAAAGCAUUCAUACCCGUUGACUUAUUCCACAUUUUGUUGUGUUACAGCCUGAAUUCAAUAAAAAUACAUUCU